GGUUUUUUUAAAGACUCUGCUCAAAACCCUAAACCCUCCCCAGCAAAGAAAUGAAAUAGAGAGAAGAAGACAGGACGACAGCCAAAAGAUAAAAACCCGGAGGAGAAAGAGUGAAAAUGGCUCUGCUGCACCUAAGACGCACAAUCUCUUCUCGAAACUCUUUUCUCUUUCUUCUUCGAAGCUCCACUAGUUUCACCAAAGCCCGCACUUUCUCUAACACCACCACCCUGUUCUCUCCCCAUCUUCUCUCAAACUCUGUUUCCCACAAACUCCCAUCAGCAACUUUGCCUUCCUUUGAUUUCCUCAAACAGUGUCGUCGUGGCUUUGCUAAAGGCAAAAAUAAAUCAAAGGAUGACUCUGCUGGGGGUACAGUUGAAUUUGUGGAUAUUGGGCCUACUGUUAAGGCAACUGCUAAUUCGCAGAUGGAUGCGGCUGUAGUUGCAUUAUCUCGAGAACUCCAGAAAUUAAGAACUGGAAGGGCAUCUGCAGGAAUGCUUGAUCACAUCAUUGUCGAAACCGAUGGUGUGAAGCUGCCAUUAAAUCGAUCAGCUGUUGUUUCAGUCAUGGAUGCUAAAACCUUAUCCGUUAAUCCAUAUGAUCCAAAUACCCUCAAGCAGCUAGAGAACGCCAUUGUUUCGUCUCCGUUGGGAUUAAAUCCUCAAAGGGAUGGUGAUCGAUUGAUUGCAGCUAUACCACCAUUAACCAAAGAGCAUACCCAGGCUAUGUGUAAGGUGGUUGCAAAGUCUUGUGAAGAUUGUAGACAAAGUAUAAGAAGGGCUCGCCAAAAGGCAAUGGAUACAGUAAAAAAAGCAGGUUCAAGUUUCCCCAAGGAUGAUGCCAAGAAACUAGAGAAAGAGAUUGAAGAGAUGACGAAAAAGUUUAUCAAAUCAGCAGAGGACAUGUGUAAUAACAAGGAAAAAGAAAUUAAGACUGGCUAAUUGCUGGAAUAUCAUGAUGCACAAUUAAACUCUUCUAAUCACUUAAAGAGAGUUGCACUUGAAAUUGAAUUACAAAUUCCAUUGAUCAGUUUCUUAGUAAAAUGUUUCAAUAGAAGUUUCAAACA